AUGCCAGGAAAACUAUUGAGUUGGCCGGACUGGCCCGAGUUCACGGCGGCCAAAGGAGAGCCUGGCGAUGACCUGGUGGGAUACAAGAAAGCCAUUGUUGACAAGUACGGCAAGGACAACAUCGUCAAGAGCUGGCUCAAGGUCUGCAAGGAGCUCGAAUCAGUCACCAGCUGCAUCGCCGACCAGGGCACCGCGGUCAUCCCUGAGGUCCAGUUCGACGAGGUAUUCGACCUGACGCCCGAGAAGAAGCAGACUCUGAAAGAUGUCGGAUGCUUUGUUGUCCGGAAUGUCUUCACCCGCGAGGAAGCAGACAAAUGGUUCACGGACCUGAAGGAGUAUGUUGCGGCUAAUCGGUCGCAGAUUGGAGGCUGGCCCAAGGAGACGCCCUUCAUCCUCAAUGUGUACUACUCGCCUACACAAAUAGCCGCAAGGUCACAUCCCAACCAGCUCAAACUCAGUGAGGAGCUCAAUUCGUGGUGGCACGACCAGGACGGAACCUAUUCUCCAGCGCCGCUGUCCUACGCCGACGCAGUGCGCAUUCGACCACCAGGGAUCCCGUUCCGCGGUCUCGGUCCUCAUAUCGACGCAGGCAGUCUUUGUCGAUGGGCCGAUCCCACAUAUCAGUCCGUCUACGCGGCUGUCUUCUCUGGGAACCCCGAAGCACUGGACAACUACGACUUGACGGCGCGCAAGGCGGCCAACCAAGCCAUGUUCGCUGGCGGCGCCCACUCGCGGGUCUUUCGGAGCUUCCAGGGGUGGACGGCGCUGACUUCAGCCGGGCUCGGGGAGGGCAGCCUGAUGCUGUACCCCAACGUCAAGUGGACGAUCGCGUACCUGAUGCUGCGGCCGUUCUUCCAACCGCCAGACUCUGACAGAGAGGAGGACAUGAUGGACGCGACCAAGUGGACAUUUGAUCCCGACAGCCCGUGGUUCCCCGGCACAUUCCGGAGUGACAGCCAGCUGCUGAGCCCGACGUCGCACCCGCACCUGCGCAUCCGCGAGUGCAUGGUGGGGAUCCCGCGCAUGGAAGCCGGCGACACGGUGUGGUGGCACGCCGACAUGUGCCACGCGGUCGAGGUGGAGCACAACGGCGACCACGACGCCAGCGUCGCUUACAUCGCCGCCACGCCCAGCACCGACGAGAACAAGCGAUACAUCAAGCGGCAGCUCGAGGACUUUCUGAACGGUCUUCCGCCCGAGGAUUUUCGGAGGGGGCCCGGUGAGAGGGGCUUUCAGUUGUUCCUGGGUGAAAAGGGCCUGUUGGGCGGCGACGCCGGUAGGAGGGCUAUGGGGUUUGAUCUUCUUACCUGA